CCUCGGCCGACCGCCCCCGCCCUUCUCCCGCUGCGCCUGCACUCCUCUUCCUCGUCCUGACGCCCCCCUCCCGCCCGGAAAGCUGCCCAGCCACCAGCAACCCCCCAGUGCCACCAUGGCAACUGCACCAUACAACUACUCUUACAUCUUUAAAUAUAUUAUUAUUGGAGAUAUGGGAGUAGGAAAAUCUUGCUUACUUCAUCAAUUUACAGAAAAAAAAUUUAUGGCUGAUUGUCCUCACACAAUUGGUGUUGAAUUUGGUACAAGAAUAAUUGAAGUUAGUGGCCAAAAAAUCAAACUGCAGAUUUGGGAUACAGCAGGACAGGAGAGGUUUAGGGCUGUUACACGAAGCUACUACAGAGGAGCUGCGGGAGCACUUAUGGUGUAUGAUAUUACUAGAAGAAGUACAUAUAAUCACUUAAGCAGCUGGUUGACAGAUGCAAGGAAUCUCACCAAUCCAAAUACUGUAAUAAUUCUCAUAGGAAAUAAAGCAGAUUUGGAGGCACAAAGAGAUGUUACAUAUGAAGAAGCCAAACAGUUUGCUGAAGAAAAUGGUUUAUUGUUCCUUGAAGCAAGUGCAAAAACGGGAGAGAAUGUAGAAGAUGCUUUCCUUGAGGCUGCCAAGAAAAUCUAUCAGAACAUUCAGGAUGGAAGCCUGGAUCUGAAUGCUGCCGAGUCUGGUGUACAGCACAAACCUUCAGCCCCACAGGGAGGCCGGCUAACCAGUGAACCCCAACCCCAGAGAGAAGGCUGUGGCUGCUAGUGACCUCUUUGCCGUCGCUCCCAUUUGACCUUUCACCUCUGUCUGUUGGAAGCAGUACUUUUUACUGCCUCAUUGUCUUCUGUACAUCUUACUGGGUUUAAUUAAAAAAAAAAAAAAAGAAAAAACAACUCUGUUGUAAAAACAGUUUAACACAAUACUAAACUGCUAAAACAACUAGAUGUAAUCAGGUUAUCAAAAGGCAAGUAGAGUAAUAAAUCUCUCCUGCAUGGUAAAUCUAGACUUUUUUUUCCCCUUGAUUGUCCUCGUGAUAGAUAUGUCACCAGUACAUGAUUUAAACUGAGCACUGAUGCUGGACUUAAAUGAUUUUUAUCCUUCCUUUUUUUUUUUUUUUUUUUUUGGGCAAGGCUUUGUCUUACUGUAUGGUUUAAUUUGAGGAUAUCUUAAGCCUUUCUCCCCAUCUUUAACUGUUCAAGUAUGUCUGUUGUAACCAAUAAGUUUAUUGCUGUGAAAUGACUUCUGAUAGAGAAUGGGUUCUAUAACUGCUUUUUUUUUUGUUGGAUAAAUUUCCUGUUGCGUGGGUGGCAUCUUUCUCGUGGAGGUUUGCUUCUGUCUUAGCCUUGCACAGGGAAAAUAUCCAUUUAUCUUUUCUCUUGUGCUUAAUUAAUAGCUUUAUCUUUUUUUUUAUGCCAUUUUAUCCUUUUCUCUUUAGCAGAAAGUAAAUAUGUAUAAAAUUUGAAGGAACCGAACUAACAAUACAUUCUGUGUAUAUUAUUUUAAUGAAGAAAAUAAAUUGAUUACUGGCAUUGGAACAGUAUAAAAUACCAGUUUGUACAGUAUGACCUAUAUGUGACCAUGUUACUCCCUUCCAUUUCACACAAGGAAAUACACAACUGCAGUUCACAAGUAAUACUGGCUCCACCCUCUGGUGCUGGCAGCGUUUGGGGACAUUAUGCUGGAAAGAGCUCCUGUAGCGUGAGAGGAUUAACACUAGCAGAUUCUGUUCCAUCUUUGCACUGUGGCUUACCUGCUGAUUUUCUUAACUGUUCUUGUGCAAUCGACAAUGUGCUAACCUGCUUUUCUCUUUGUAAACAUUUUGCAUUACAGGCUGCAUUUCUUGCCUUACUGUAUAGAAAAAGAAAAAAGGCUGGGUUUAUUAUUGCACAUUUUAAGCUUUUAUACCUUUAUCUUCUUGGAAUGGUGAGAUUGUGUACCGGACAGUCAGAACCACAGGUCUGCUGUUAAGGGAUUUUAAAUUGUGCAUUUUUAACACUACAGUGAAGUAAUUUAGGAUACCCUUGUGUUCUUAGUAUGAGGGGCUAUUUUAUGUCCUGUUGGCAUAAGUUGUUUUGUAAAAGGGAAAGUGUUUCUAACGGUGUUUCAGUGUUUGUGCUGAUACAAAGUAAGUUAUUACUUUGCACUAGGUGGUUUGGCCACUGAAAGAAUACUGUAUUGCAAGGGAAACAAUCUCUUUAGACAACAGACUUAUGUUUUACCAAGUUCUUUACUUCUUUCCAUUGAUUUCUGAUUCAGUUUAUGGUCCAGAUGGAGAAUUGAAGCUAUUUGAAGUAGGAUAGGUAAACCUUACUAUAUUCUAUAAAAUCAUUCAGCUCAACUGCUGUGUUUAAAAUACACAUUUUAAAUCCCUCUUUACAGACACUAAAGUGAAAAUAAAAAAUA